GGAGUUUUAGGAUAGAGUUAAAAAGGAGGAAGAAGAAUGGGGAAACACAAAUCUUUCAGAAGCAAAGCAGUGCACUUUGUCACCGAUCUCACCGCUGGUCUUCUUAAUCCUAUCUCUGAUAAACCCUCCUCCGCUCGUCCUCUUCCGGAUGAGGAAGAUGAGUCUAAGAGAAAUCAGCUAGAGUCUGUCACUGCAGAGCAGCCUAAGGAUUUGGUAGACGAACCAGACACUUCUUCUUUCUCUGCUUUCCUUGGUUCACUGUUAUCUUCAGAUCCCAAAGACAAAAAGAACGAUAAGGAUCAGGAAGAAGAAGAAGAAGAAGAAGAAGAAGAAGAAGAAGAAGAAGAAGAUUCUGAGGCAGAAACAAGCGAUACAUCAUCAUCCUCGGCCAAUCCUACUAGAACAAUGAAGGAGGCUACUAGUGGUGCUACAAAGAAGAGUUUUUUGUCCAAGUACAAACAGCAUUUGAGGAACUUUUACCAGGCUGUUAAGUUUCCUGGGGUCAAGGAGCGGAAGGGAAAUUCUGAUGUGACACCAGAUGCUGAAGAGACUGAGUAUGAUGGCUUGGAGAUGAAGCCGAUGCAGAAUAAUAAUGUCAAAGAAGAAGCAACAAUAGUGCAAGCAAUUAUACCUGAAAUUUCAGAACCCUCUUUGCUUUUAUCGGACCAGUCAAGACGCUCCCUUUAUACUUCACUUCCUGCGCUUGUUCAAGGGAGGAAAUGGAUGUUGCUUUAUAGUACAUGGAGGCAUGGUAUAUCACUAUCCACGCUGUACAGGAAAAGCCUUCUCUGGCCUGGUCUUAGCUUACUGGUUGUUGGAGACAGAAAAGGUUCAGUUUUUGGUGGUCUUGUUGAGGCACCUUUGAUACCAACUGAUAAAAAGUAUCAGGGAACCAAUAGUACAUUUGUUUUCACAAAUAAGUCAGGACAACCCACAAUAUACCGUCCCACAGGCGCAAAUCGGUUCUACACUUUAUGCUCCAAGGAAUUCCUAGCUCUAGGUGGUGGUGGACGGUUUGCUCUCUAUCUGGACAGUGAGCUGCUAAGUGGAUCAAGUGCUUACUCAGAGACUUACGGGAACUCCUGUCUCGCAAACUCUCAGGACUUUGAUGUUAAGGAAGUGGAGCUAUGGGGAUUUGUGUAUGGCUCAAAGUAUGAUGAGAUUCUAUCUCUCAGCAAAACAAUGGAGCCUGGUCUUUGCAGAUGGUCAUGAUCAUUAUAAAGAAAAACGAAAUGAAUUCAAGUGAGGGAUUCGCUUCUUUUGUUGUUGCUAUUGUAAAUCUGUAGUAAAAGAAAUGUUGUUGUCUUACCUUUGUAACUGGCUAAAAUCACCUCUCUGUUACUCUCACUUGUAAUGAAUGAUUUUUGGGACU